UUAUAUAUAGUUAUAUAUUCUAAAAGUAUAAAGUUAACUCCCGUGUUAUGCUUAAAAUUUUCAAAUAUGAAAUUUAUUUUCUUAUUAUUUUUGGUUGCCGCUGUAAGUGCCAGGUUACCAUCUCGAGACAGCCUAGCCAGAUCUGAAGACAGUGACUUCACAGAUGCGGAUUGUCUUUUACCCCACGAGACAGAUUGCCAGGGUCUUGAUCUUGAAGAUACUUAUAUUGCCUGGAGAUGGUACGAAGUGGAGCAUCGUUGUGUACAAGCUGUUGGUCAUAAUAGUUGCACUCCCACCAAAAAUAAUUUUGGGAGCUAUAAAGAGUGUCGGCAUACCACAAGGCCAGUAUGUCCAUAUUUGUUGCAAAAUAGGAGAUAAAAUAAUUAUGGAUAAUUAUUAAUAUUAGAUAAAAUAAUAUUUCCACAAAUAUAAAUUAACAAAAUUAA